CUUAGCUAAAGACAGAGCAGCAGCAGCAUGGGGGAUGGCAGUAUCACUCCCAGGAUCGGCAACAUGAAGGCUUUGCUCGGAAUAGUAGCCGGAGCUGGAGCCUCUUACGGGAUAUACAAACUAAUCAGCGGGGGAAGCUUUAAGAGAAUCAAGAAGAGUGUCACCAGUGAAAGCCCUGUUGUGAGGAGCAGUCAGCCCAGUGAGGUUACUCUACAGCGGGGCAGCCUGCUGGCAAAAGUGUCUGGACUGGAUGUUGUCUGUCCCCGACCUGAUGUUGCAUCAGAUGACAUCAUUCACCAGUCACCUGGCAACGUGGAGCCACAGCACUUGAAAAUGCUGCUGUCGUGUCUGCAGACCAGCAGUAAUCCUUCUGACAGAUGUCGGAUCCUGCUUACGUUGGGCAACGCAGCCGCCUUCACUGUGAAUCAGAAUCUGAUACGAGAAUUUGAAGGGAUUCAUAUCAUUGCUGGUUUCCUCUCUGAUCCUGCGGCAGAAGUCAGAGUGCAGACUCUGACUGCUUUAAAUAACCUGUGUAUGAAUAUCCCAAACCAGGAACACAUAAAGGUUUAUGUUCCACAAGUGUUGGAGCUGAUCGAGAUGUCCCCUGUGAAUUCUGACCUUCAGCUCGGUGCUCUCAGGCUGCUGACCAACCUGUCAGUCACAGAUACACAUCAACACUUGCUGAAGGAAUCUAUUACACUUUUACUCUCUCUACUUGUCGUGAGCAAUGAAGCAUUACAGGUUCAGGCUGCAAAAGUCCUUGUGAAUCUUUCAUCUAAUCCAGAUAUGAUGGAUGACAUUGUUCAAGCUCAGGCACCAGCAUCUGUUCUGCUGCUGUUUGACGCACGGACAGCCCCCGCUGUGCUUCUGCGGCUGCUGACGUUUGCAGGGAACUUAAAGUCCUGGAGGCCCUCUGCCCAGGUGGCUGAUGAACUGAGACGGAAACAGGACUGCCUCUUCCGGGUCAUGCUAGACGAGUCCUCUCAGCUCCACAGCAGACUGGUGCAGCUGCUCUCACACACCGAUGCGGAGAUUCAGGCCCAGGUGGCUCGCAUCUUGACAUAGGCCUCUCUCUCUGCACUCUUGAUCCAUGCACAGCUUUAGCUUCACUCACUUUUGCCAAAGCAUCCUGUCACCCUCUCAUUUAAAUUAUAAAACCGUUGACUUAUAAAAGUCAGAGCUGCGUAGCCUCCUGUUGCUUACACUCCUACACUCUUUGUGUUCCCCAGAACAAUAUUAUUACCACUCAUCUAUGCAGCUAAAUUAUCCAUUUCGCCUCACCAGCCACUUCCCUGAUUUCCAGUUUCUUACACUGCAAAUAAUUGAUGAGCGAUGAAUGAGACGGAAGCAGGAAGAAGCCAUUCAUUCAGUAGAGUGUAGAAAGAGGUUGCCCUCUCUCUUUUGUUUGUUUUCCCUGCCAGCAAUAGACUAUUUUCCUUCAAAGAUCCUCAGUGCCCUUCCUUCUGAGAGCUUCACCUGCUUUCUCUGAAGACGUAUUCCAGGUGAAAUAUCUCAACCCAAACCCACUGCCAGACAUUUUCUAGAGAAUGUGUUGGAAUGACCUGCGCAGCAUGACCUACCCCGUCUGUGGUUCAGAGAGACACACGGAUGGAGAGCCGAAGAGGUUUCUUGUGGCCGCGCACCUCUGCAUGCCUUGGAGACACGAAUGAAUGGAUGCACUGCAGCUCCAGUCCUCGCUAAUGAGUCCACAUGCAGGAUCUAACGAUCAUGGUGUUUUUCCAAUGAGAGCAAAAUCUUUUUAUCUGAGUAUUUAAUUUGAGAAUAAGUGACUUUAGAAGAUCGAGUGUGAAGUACAGGGUUGUUGGCAUUGUGUUCUCUGACAAUGUGAAAUGUCAGGAAGACUGUGGAGUGGAAACACUGCACCCCCAGCGUUCAGAGAGGAGCUAGUUGAGGUGGGUUGGAUGAUAAACUUUGACUUUGACGGUGCUGCCUGCUUAAGAACAACAACAAAAAAGCCCAGCAUUGAUCCCAGACGUACUAAUGGAGCUGCGUCUCUUUGCUCAGGAGACACCUGCAAAUCCCCCCAGGAAGGAUCUGGAGGAAGUUGCAGGGGAAAAGGAUGUCUGGACUGCUUUUAAUUGUUUCAGCUGCCAUAAAUAUCAUGCAGGUAUGCAGCUUGAAAACAAACAGAGAAAGGGUUGCCCUUUAGACGGAGCAGAGUGUAAUAGUAAUAACAGUUAUGAUUAAUUUUUAUGCGUAAACUGGAGCUACAACAGCGAUUGAAUGUUAAAUCUCUACCUUAUUAUGUUAAGUUAUACACUCACUAUAAUGAGACAGGCUGAAAGUGACAGGCCCACAUGUUGUCUAGCCGGAGGACUGGUGCUGCGGACCCAUAUGCUGACUUGUUAACAAUAUUUAAAGACAGGAAGAUGGGUGUCUGCGCGUACCUCUAAUUUGCAUGAGAAGAAAUGUGACGAUUAUCUCUGACUACGAUUUUUCAAUGCAAGGAUUUUAUGGCACGUCUGGGAGUAAAGAAAUGCUGCACACUUUUUAUGUUUUGGACUUUAUGGAACCCAAAUCCUAAAUCUCUCUCAGGCAAAAUGGUUUACCAGAACAGAAUACAGCAGGAGGCUGAUUUACCUGUGACCUAGAUUAUCAUAUUUAUUUAAAGACGUUAGUUAGCAUUUUGCCUUGAAAAAGAGAAAUAUGUUUGUUAUGUCUAUUUGAAUGGUUCAAUAAAUACUCAGUGUGACAUAUUA